GCCGUCGGUAGGGACGCGGCCAGCCGCGACACAGCGCAUACAACCAAACUCGACCUCGAACGAUGAAGUCCUUCGCUGCUCUACUCGCCCUCGCAAGCCUCGUCGUGGCAUCGCCAUCUCUUCUGCUCAACACCCAGCAGCCCUUGACCAACAUUCAGAAUGAAUAUCCCGGCUACAGCCUUGACCUGGCCGCACUGCGCCUAGUACAGGUUGAAGGCAAGGAGCCGAUAUGGGUCCCAGAGUUGGAGAAGAUCAACAUGAAAGCCCAGGGUGUCAACUUCUUCGACAUCACAGAAACUCAGGAGCUGGGCGCUACCGCUCAUUUGAGGACCCUUGUGAAGCCAUCGUACAAGAAGCCGAAUGCUUCUUCGCUGGUACUCCCAGUCCUGGAGAAGCUUUCUACCGACGGUCCUAAGGAGAAUUUGAAGCAGUUUACAAGCUUCAGAACUCGCUACUAUCGUAGUGACACCGGGCGCGACAGUCAGAAAUGGCUGCUGAAUAAGAUCUCAGAGAUCACGGAGGAAUAUGCUUCGAAGUCUCUCAAGAAGCACAUUUCCAUCCAGGAAUUCCCUCACUCAUGGAAUCAGAAUACAAUUAUUACGCGCAUUAACGGUACUUCGACCACAGAUGACAGGGUCGUCAUCAUUGGAGCUCACCAAGAUAGUGCGAAUAUGUGGCCCUUCCUGCCGGCGCCUGGCGCUGACGAUGACGGCAGCGGUAGUGUGACCAUCCUCGAGAGCUAUCGAGCGCUGAUUGCGUCCGGUUUCCGCCCCGUGCGAACGAUUGAGUUCCAUUGGUACUCCGCAGAGGAGGGCGGCCUUCUCGGAUCUCAAGCUGUUGCAAAAGACUAUGAGUCCCGCUCGGCGAACGUGUAUGCAAUGAGUCAGUUUGACAUGACGGCAUGGGUCAAGGCCGGAACUCGCGAAGAAGUCGGCAUCAUCACCGACUUCACGGACGAAAGCUUGACUGAAUUCAACAAGCAGCUGGUCGAUGAAUAUCUCGACAUCCCGUGGGUGGAGACUAAGUGUGGCUACGCCUGCAGUGAUCAUGCACCAUGGGGGAAGGCCGGAUAUCCCAGCUCCUUCACCAUCGAGAGCUCGUUCGGGAACUCAAACAAGAACAUCCACUCGACGCAAGAUCGCUACGACAUCUCCCCAGAGUUCAGUUUCGAGCAUAUGCUCGAAUUCUCCAAGCUGGCUGCCGCCUUCGCUAUCGAGCUGGGCGGCUCGGAGAAGGAAUGAGCUUUUGGCGCCGUCGCACCACUCUGUUCAUUGCUAUGUUCUCUUGCCUCGUUGCCUGCUGCGCCCCUCCAUUUUGCAAUUCCAUACCCCUCCGGAAUAAUAUGCCUGAAUGGUCACAUAGUUUGACCGGCCAACAUGUCUGCGGGAUCUCUAGAAAUCUGAGAGGCUCCAGAAAGUGACCCUGUAUGCGCCGUAGGCGAUCACCUGGUCCCCAGCCAGGACCGCAUGGACGAUAGGAUCGCCCCUAGCCCGAGAUCUUUUCACCACAUUCUGGCGGAGACCGGAGUCAGGGCCGUUAUAGAGCAGACAUAUGAGAAACAUGCGGAAACAGACGUACGUCCUUGUUUCGAUAAUCCCAGAGGCAUAGGGUGCCGUCGGUGUAGCCGCGCGCAAACAGGGCAUGCGACGUCGAACCUCUGCGAUACAGGUGUUUGGCCCCCAUCGAUGGUGCGACCCUGUGUCCAAACUCCAUCGCCGGCUUCCUGUCGAAGUUUGACUGGCGCACAUCGUAGAUCUGAACUUGGUAGUCCAGAUGAUCGACCUGGGCGAAGGAAUUAAUGGAUUG